AUCGUUGACGUUGUCGUUUUCGUUUCCCGUUGCCGUUGCUAUUGUCGUUUGUCGCCAUUGCCCGCCCGCCCUGAUAAGGUUCAGACGCACAUCCAACCAGCCGUCAGUUGGCUUAAAAGCGUCCAAGGCAGAGCAUCGGGCUACAACCGGAACAACCGAUCAGCAACAAACUGUUGCCAAAUAAUACCCAAAUAACGAUCCAAACAAUACCGGCCAAGAAGACCCGCGACUACUUCAUCGUGCUGAUUGCUGUGAGUCUUUUUUAAACCGACAUCGGGGACUGCAGAGCACUGAGUUAGCAGAAGGACAGCAGCGGACAGCGGACCAACAUCAGAAUGGCGAUCAUAGUGCAAGAGGCCCAGGAGUGGUACAGGGAUCUCAUGGAUAACAAGAGCGAUCCCCGUGUGCAAGACUUCUUUCUGCUGUCGUCGCCGCUGCCGACUCUCGGAUUGUGCAUAUUCUAUGCAUAUUUCAGCACAUCUCUGGGACCGAGGCUUAUGGCCAAUCGGAAGCCAAUGGAACUGCGGUCGGUGCUAGUCAUUUACAAUGCGAUACAAACGAUAUUCAGCGCCUGGAUUUUCUAUGAGUACUUAAUGAGCGGCUGGUGGGGCCACUACAGCUUUAAGUGCCAGCCAGUCGACUAUGGUAACAGUCCUCUGGCGCUGCGGAUGGUCAACAUUUGCUGGUGGUACUACAUAUCGAAGUUCACCGAGUUCUUUGACACACUCUUCUUCAUUCUGAGAAAAAAGAACGAGCACGUAUCCACACUUCACGUCAUUCAUCACGGCUGCAUGCCCUUCUCGGUCUGGAUGGGCCUUAAGUUUGCCCCAGGUGGACACAGCACUUUCUUCGCCUUGCUCAACGCUUUUGUGCACAUUGUGAUGUAUUUCUAUUACAUGAUCGCAGCAAUGGGCCCCAAGUACCAAAAGUUCAUCUGGUGGAAAAAGUACCUAACCACCUUCCAAAUGGUGCAGUUUGUUGCCAUCUUCACGCACCAGUUCCAGCUGCUGUUCCGCGACUGCGACUACCCCAAGGGCUUCAUGGUCUGGAUUGGCCUGCACGGCGUCAUGUUCCUGUUCCUGUUCUCCGACUUCUACAAAGCCAAAUAUCUGAAUGCCGCCCGUCGUCGCCGGCAGGCUGUCAAGGCCAACGGCCAUACCAAUGGCCAUGGCCCGCACACCAAUGGCCACAGCAAGCACUUGGGCAACGACGAUGCACUCACAGCCAACGGCAGCAAUAAGGGAGCCUGCAUGCCCGUUCUGGAGGACGAGUACGUCUCGAGGAACGGGAACGGGCAUGCCGGUGGCGGCUUCUUCAAGGAGGGCGCGUUGUCCAGCAACGAGUCCAUUCUGAAUCCGGACAGCAGUAGCUCUAGUCUGCAUCAGCGCAAAGUCAAAUAA